AACAGGUCAUUGCUAAUGUGGUAGAUAUCUGUCAAACAAGAAAAAAAAUUUUUGAAGGCAGAAGCACUACAGAAAAACAUAAAUGCAUGAUUAAAAAUAAUCUGAAAUCAAUACAAUGAUCAGAAUAGCACAACAUGGUGUCAAUAUUAGAACAAUACUACGCCGUCACAGACCCCUGCAACUACAAGGGUCGCACCUACAUCAGUGUACCUCCUUGUACAAGUACAUUGACCCCCGGGAACGACCUCCGUGUCCUCCGCCGCCCGUGCCGCCCCCUCCCGCGCCUCGGGACUACAAACUGUUCUGGGGAGCGAUGACGGCCCUCGUGCUGGCGGGAGGCUUCGCUGCUUACGCCAAAACGUCCCCGGAGGUCAGAGAUUGGCUGACGAUCAACGCUCCCUGGUUCGAUGACGUAAUCGCCGUCGCGUACCAGGAGAACAUGACCUACAAAGAGUUCAUAUUACAAUGCACUGAAGACGCCAAGAAGUAUUUGAAUAGCUACGUCCGAGACGACAAGCCCAAGCAGUGCUCGUUUGAGGAGGGAUCGGCGCUGUCUAAUGUUGAGCUACCAGACCAGCCUGCAGAUCAGGCACUCCGCGAAAAGGAGAACGAGUCACCAUGCGACACGCUGCCUCCCCCCGUGGUCACUAAGGACGUGUGCGAGAUAGAGAAGUGUCUCACGGACUUGGCCGAUACCGCUCUCAACAAUUACGGGACGGCCCGCGACGCCUGCGCUUAUUAUAACAAGCUGGUCGAAGAGACAAUGCUAGAUUUCUCGAUGAGUUCCCUGGGAGAGCUGCGCCACGCGAUGCUGGAGCGGCAGGAUCUCGUCAAGACGUCCGUUGAUAACGCGAACUACGCUGUCUCUAGAUUAGAUGAGCUAACUCGCUACUUCGAGUGCGGAGUUCAAGCACCCAAGGAGUCCCUGGACAACACCAAGGCGUUACUGAAGGACUACCGGGACAAGAUCCAGACGACAAGCGCUAACUAUCAGUGGGAGAACGACAGAUCUCUCGCUAUGGACAAACAGUGGCAAAUGGUCGGCGAGGUCGUGGAGAAGUACAGCGCGGAGACUCAGCAGAUGUUCCCGGCGCCGCGCCGCGGACAGACCGACACCGACCUGCUGCUCAUACACGCCACUAGAUAUAUGCAGCAGCUGGAGGGCGAGGUGCGGGAGGCGCGCGCCGCCAUGUCGGCCCGGGUCGCGCGCGGCCUGCUCACGCUCCCCCAGGACGAGCAGCAGCGGAGUGGCAGGGAGGCGCUGGUGCAGGCUGCCGUCAGGAGGAGGCGGACAGAGAUGGACAGGGAGUAUAGGAAACGGUCAGAGGAGCUUCGUGCUGCCAACGAGCACAUGAUAUCGGAGUGCUUGAAGAGGCAGCGCGCGGAGCACGAGGAGACGCUUCGACAGCGCGUGCUGCAGAAGGAGAUCGAGGCGAAGGCGAGAUUGAACAAGUUGAUUGCCGAGAAGGUCGCGGCCGAGAAGCUGGUGCUCGCGGCGCAGCUCGCGGAGAUGAGGAGCAAACUGAACGUGGUCGAGGAGAAACUCAACGAGCGGCUGCGUGCGGAGCGGUGCGUGCGGCGGGCGCGCGCGCUGUGGGCGGCGGGGGGCGCGCUGCUGGCCGCCACGCGGGCGCCGCACGCCGCGCCGCUCGCCGCGCUGCUGCGGGACGUGCAGGACGCCGCCGGGGAAGACGACGAGUUUGUCCGCACAGUUCUGAAGUCAAUACCGGACUACGUGCGGGACGAGGGGAUAGAACUGGAGUCUGUUCUCAGAAAGAAAUAUUAUGAGAUGGAGAAGGUGGCCUUAAAAGUGGCGCUAGUGGAAGAAGACGGGGCCCCGCUGUUCGUGUACUUCCUGUCGUGGCUGCAGUACAUGUUACUAUUCGUCAAGAUAUCCGGGAUCCCGCAGGCGGAGUACGAGAGCUCCACCGAUGUGCUGCCCGAAGAUUUGGACACAUUCGAUUUACUGCAGAGGGCGCGGUUCUGGCUGGAGCACGGGUCGUGCGAGCGCGCGGUGCGCUGCGUGCGCGGGGUGCGGGGCGCGGCGGGGGCGGCGGCGGGGCGGUGGGCGCGGCGCGCGGGGGGGCUGCUGGCCGUGCGGGCCGCCGCGCACGCCGUCCGCGCGCACGCCGCGCACCUCGCCCUGCAGUACGUGUGA